UACUACAUCCUGGAGUGGAGGCAUUUGUCUGAACUUGGAGCUUGAUCCCCGGAAAUCAAAACAAAGCGUCAGAGAGGCUUUUAGAUCCGUGGCUGAUUCGCUUCGGCUUUUUGACACAGACUCCCCCCACACAGGAUAUUACAGUGUUUUUGGGGGUAGGAGGGUUAGAGAGGGAACAGAAGGCUGUCUUUAAGUCUGGACGCUGACGCCUCCUCUACUGUAAAACCUUAGUUAUCCGAAUAACGCCCUCCCUUUUCAUUAUCAGACACCCAGUUUUGAAAAAUGGCCACAGACGAGCUCACGUCCAAGCUCAGCCGUCGGCUCCAGAUCGAGGAAGGAGAGGAGGAACCGGUGGCCGUGGACGGCUCCGGGCAGGAGAACGGGUCUGAGGAGAAGUCGACCACGGCCAACGCGGACUCGGAGCUGGGCAAGAAGCUGCAGCGGCGAGAGGAGCUGAACGAGGGGCAGGGGGAGCACAUGCAGCCCAGCAUGAAGGUGUUCAACCCUUACACCGAGUUCAAAGAGUUCUCCCGACAUCAGAUCAAAGACAUGGAGAAGAUGUUCAAAAUGUACGAUGCAGGGAAAGAUAACUACAUCGACCUGAUGGAGCUGAAGCUGAUGAUGGAGAAGCUCGGAGCGCCGCAGACACACAUGGCCUUAAAGAACAUGAUCAAGGAGGUGGACGAGGACCUGGACAACAAGCUCAACUUCAGAGAGUUCCUGCUGAUCUUCAGGAAAGCAGCAGCAGGAGAGCUGGCGGAGGACAGCGGCCUCUGUGUCCUCGCUCGCCUCUCGGAAAUCGACGUCUCUGAAGAAGGCGUGAAGGGAGCCAAGACCUUCUUUGAAGCCAAAGUCCAGGCCAUCAAUCAGUCCAACCGGUUUGAGGCGGAGAUCCGUGAGGAGCAGGAGGCCAAGAAGAAGCAGGCGGAGGAGCAGAAACAGAGACGUGCUGCUUUUAAAAACCUGCAGCAAGCCUUCAAGUGACCCUCCACCUCUCCUCCCCUCUCCUCUCAGGACCGGUCUCUCUCUGUGCUGCACUAAUGCUGUCAGUGUGUCAAUAUGUGUGUGUGUGUGUGUGUGUGUGUGUGUGUGUGUGUGUGAUUGCUUCAUGUGUGUCAGGCUGCUGUUGUCCUGAGUCAAACACAGGUUAGUCAUUAGUCGAGGAUACAAAAGAGGGAGUGCAUGAUGACAAAUCAGCGCCGUCUGUGUUUGUUCAGAUUAAAGGGAUCUUUGAUUAUAUUACAUUCAGCUCAGUUACAAUCCAGACAAGUUCAAUACAAGUCGAUUAAUGCAGGCGUUCGAGAUAAGCACAGACUGUAUGUAAGAAGUCGAGGUAGUUACCGUACAUCACUCAUUGGUCUUUAGACUGCUGUUUGAAACCGUAACCCGUUAGAACCUGAGGCCGCCUAAAAAAACUUUAAUCUUAUUUCUCAUCGUCUGCAGCCGGUAGAGAUUUAAAAUUAAAAACAUUUUAAAACCCUAAACCCUCCGAUUUAACUGAAAAGCAUUGCCUUUGCACUUAAGUUCAUUCACAUUUUUUUUAAAUCAUCACUAAACAAAAAAAAAAAACAAUCCGCGUUGACAUUGCAUGAGGUCUUAAAGGUAUAUACACACAAAUGUUGCGUCCCGUCUUUGAACUGUGGCAGGGUGUUCAGACAUUCCUUCAACUCGAUCCUGAUUGUUAGCGACACAUUCAUUAGGAGAGCGCUGCUUUUUUUUAUCCAUUUGACUCUUAAUGGGACCCUCGUUUAUAAAAUGAACGUCCUGCAGCGUUGAGGAAGACUUGAAAGGGAAGACUGAGACCAGAAACCUGUGAGUAAAAUGUUUACUGAGGGAGAAGAAUGGUCAUUUUCCCCAAGACUUUGUUUUUCAUCGAGUGGGGUCACCCCCUGCUGGCCAUUAUAAAUAAUGCAGGUUUCACUUGUUGGACCUUGAGGUUACGUCCACUUCUUAUAUACAGUUUAUAACAGUGAGCUGAAUAAAUGGAUCACUAUUAAAGGAUGUCAUUAACCACUGUGUCUCAAACACCAAAGAACCAACUUCUACUUCAACGUUAACCCUUUGAGUGCUGACACACACACAAACAUAUCAAAUACAGAAAUGAUCGACACUGUGACUUGUGAGAGUUUUCAAACCAGGCUUCGUCAUCCAUUCAAACUGAAUUGCUGUGCAAUGUUUUGGCAUCUGAUAAACCAUGAAGAGUAAAGGAUCAGCUCCUCCAGUUGGUCUCCCUGAUCAGUAUACGAUUUUCACUUUCACUGCACACGAUGCUCGUUGUGGGAAGCUCUCAGUCUGGACACCGUGUGCCUGCUGGCACUUUGGAUGUUAAACACAAAAACCUUUAAUCCAUAUAUUUGGUGUCCGGUGCUCCUCGGAUCAUCCUGCUUCCCAAGUUUGGAAAUCUUAGGCACAUUCACACAAAUCAAAAUAGUGUGUCCUGUACCAUGAUUGCCCCCCUAUUCAGGUCUCUUUUACUGCUCAGGACUGAUCACUGUCGCUCUCUGUGAACAGCUAUUCAAGAUUUAAAUCUUUAAUAACAUGAAAAAAAAAAAUACAACUGUGCAAAAAGAAAUGGUGAUGCACUUUGUGAAUGAACACGUUUUGGCCGUUGACCCUUUUUACUUUCAUUGCUACGUUUCCUCUUAAUCGUCUGUUUUCUAUGUCACCUGAUCGAGUCGUGUUCAUGAAUUCUCUACGGCUUUAAAAGUUGUUGAGUGGGCAGUCGCUCCGUUUUCCAGUCCUGAACUCAUUCCCUGAUUCUAUUGUGAUGAUUGUUUCAGUGUCCGACCGCAGCUCCUCCUCCUCAGCUGCUGCCUCCAUGUGGGCCGACAGCUGCUUCUGAGUCUGCUCGACUUUUUCAAAAAUAAUGACAUCUUCAGUGACACAUUAGCAGAUGUGUGAUCUCCGUCACACAUCUUUGUGUUAAAUGUCAGACGAUGAACAAAAAGCUGAGCUCUUAAUUUUGUACUGACAGCUCUGUAUUUUUGUACAACGGGGUCGGGGGGGCGGUCAGUUUUGAUAUUCUUGGUGUGGGAUGCUUGUGGACAGUGUUUUGCAUGAGCCAUGUUUAGGUACUUUUAAAAUAUAUUUUUCUUGUUCUUCUUCUAGUGUUGGCUGUUCUAUCUCUCCUAUCUAGUCUGUGACAUUUCAAACGUCUACUUCAGGUUGCAACGUUAAAAAAAAAUCAGUAAUCUGGUGGCGAGUUAGCGUUUGUUCAAGAGGCUACUUCCUGGUUCUAAGCAGAGUGGGACAAACGGACAUUGAUCAGAUCAGAUAAUUGAUUUAGUGAUCUGUGUUUUCAAACCUUCUCUACCUGAUAUCCAGAACAACACAACCUGUUGUUGUUUAGUAUAAAACAGUUUGCUUCCUGUGAUGAAGCUGCAGGUUUGACUCAGAUCAUCACCUCUGCCACAGAAGCAGCCCCGACCAUUCAUGGUGUUUUUAAAGCUCGCAGUGUUUCACGUCUGUCUCUGUCGUCUGAAUUGUGACCUUUUUUUGGGGGGGGGGGGGGGGGGGAGUGUGUGGACAGAGUGAGUCAGUGUGAAAGGAACAGGAAGUGUGACUUCCUGCAGUGAUGUGACAUUUUUUUCCCCUCUUUAAAGUGCAACACUGUGAUCACAUUUUAUAUCUGAACAAGAAGAGUGUUACUACUACUUCUUCUUCAAAGAUGCCAAUCAGCUCGAUCCUGUGCUCCUGCUGCGUUGUCACAUCCUGUCUGUGGGGCUUUUUGUGUCUUCUACCGCCACGGGAAACUAUUUUUAUAUGUCCAGAUUUGCACGGUUUGCACGCUGUCCUUAUCAAGGGAAAACAGAUUUGACCUCUAGAAGUUUGACCACCAAAAAAAAACCAAUCAUCUUUAAGAUCUUUUUGUGCACUGUGCUCAAAGAUGUACGCCUGCAAUGUGGCCAAAUUGUAUUUCUGUCAAUUUCUUUUUACAGACAGCCGACAAAUUCAAACUCAUUUUCAAAAUAAUUCAGAGGACACCUUCUCUCAGGAUCCAAAGAAAGUACUGGAGCACACAAAUCACUUCAGGGACAUUUUGUGAAGUGCAAAGAGAACAUUAAAUCAAAUCCAUCCCAGGUCUGAGUUGUCUUCAGAAUCCAGACCCAGAUAACGUUUGAAUGAAGUGAUGCAUUCUGGGUGUGUAGUGAUGAAGCUUCUCCUUGAGUAACUAAAACUAAAGUGUUGACUUCCUAGUUUUUUGCAUGCAGAUGUUUCUGUGAGGCAGGACUAUUUUUUUUAACUCACUUUGAUCCACGACUGUUUAAAACCUGCUGUAACGUCUUCCUCACAUUCCCUCCCUCGCCUCGUGUUUCAGGGUGUUUUAACUAUUUCAGUGUUGCAAAAUUAAUCUUCCUCGUGUUUCCUGAUUUAGCCGCACAGAUAGACGACUGUCUUUUUUUCUCCUCCCUUUGUUUCACACUGUGUUGUGUUGUUGUGUUGAAUUAAUCAUAUUGAUGUAUAUUUUACAAAAUGCAGUUGUACAAAUAAUUCUAGUCGAGUGAUUUCAAACGAUAAAAGUAAAGCAGUAAUUUUUCA